AUGGUUGUCUCCACGGCUCACGUUUUCACUGCACUCCUCGCAGCUAGUUCUGCCCUGGCCCUCCCAGCGGCUGAAAAGCGCCAGAGCCAGUGCACCCAGCCGACGCAGCGACGCGCUUGGCACACGCUCGCCGAUGAGGAGAAAAAGGCCUACAUCGACGCAGAGUUGUGUCUGAUGGGCAAGGAGGCUACCCUUGGUCUCCGUGGUGCCGUCACCAAGUUUGACGAGCUCCAGAGCGUUCACGUUGCCCAGGCCGAGCUCACUCACAGCGUUGGUGCUUUCCUGCCAUUCCACCGCCUGCUCAUGCGGGCUCAUGAGUACCUCCUUGAGACGGAGUGUGGUUACACUGGUGGUCAGCCAUACUGGCAGGAGCAGCUAGACGCUGGCAACUUCAAGAACUCCGUUCUUCUCGACCCCCAGACCGGCUUCGGUGGCGAUGGUGACGAUCGUGACUGCGUCACGGACGGGCCAUUCGCCAACUACGUCAACCGCGUUGGCCCCGGCUACACCGUCCAGGAUAGCUGCAUCGUCCGCCGCAUCGAUGACUCUCAGUCGGCCAUGUCCGCCCAGGAAAAUGUCGACGUCUGCCUGUCGCAGCCUUCCUGGGCGACUGCCUGGCCGUGCAUCGAAAACGAGCCGCACCGCGGCGGUCACAACGGUGUGGGUGGACAGAUGUCGAACCCCAUCUCUAGCCCAGGCGACCCUCUCUUCUAUCUUCAUCACACGUGGCUCGACAAGGUUUGGUGGGAUUGGCAGAAGCAGGACCUUCCCAACCGCCUCUCCGAUAUGGGCGGACGCAACCUCCAGGGCGGUAAUGAGGAUGGCCCUGGUCCUUGUAACGGAGAGCGCCUGUUUGGACCCCUUCCCGAUGAUCUCCCUGCACCUCGCAUUGAGGGCGAUUCGGGAUGUGGCACAACGCUCCAGCAUAAUCUCGUGAUGUAUGGCAUCGUCGCGGACCGCUCCGUCGGGGACAUGAUGGACAUUCAGGGCGAGCACCUUUGCUACGAAUACGUGGAUCCUCAGUGA